AUGGAACUCUAUCUGGCUCGCGUGCGCGAGCGAGACGACAAGAGUUUAUACGUCGAACGGAAGCAGGCUUUGAUCACCGCGGAAUCGUACGUCGCCAUCUCCCACGUGUGGGGGGACCCGUCUACGAUCAACACUGUGCACAUCGACGGAGUAGGGCCUGUGAAGCUCAGCCCGGGAAAAAAAGACCUCCUGCACAUUCUUCGCCGACCCGACAUAUGCGGCGCCGGGUGGUUUUGGCUCGAUCUCUUCUGCAUCGAUCAAAGUCCGAGCUCGCCCAUCCCGAUCUCAGCUCAGCUCAUGGCCAUCCCAGCAAUCUACAGGUCCAGCUCCGUCGUCGUCAUUCUCAUAGAAUCGCCUGUAUGCAGUUCCUGGAUAGAACAGGCGACCGACGUCGCGGAACAGAGCGUUCUCGACACGGACGUCUUCGGCAUCGAGGAAGCAGCCCACGCGCGAAAGUGCCCCAACCUCGUCCUCAUGGACCCAUGGUUCGACCGGCUGUGGACACGACAAGAAGGGCUCUAUGCGAUGAAACUCCGCAUGAUCAUCCUCAACGAGGUUGCGUGCGCCCGGUUUUCGACCGCCCCAGCGGCGCCUCAUGACGGAGACCGCUGGCUGUCCGAACAGCAGGCCGUCGCCAAACGCGACGAAGUCGCUACUUUCAUAGCCGACAAGCUAGCAUACCACGGAAUCCCGGACGACGGUGGCAUCGCCUCCGAAUGCUUCUACUUCGACCUGAUGUACAAGCACCGCGUGGACGUCACCAACUACAGCGGCCACGCCGGCCCCGCAGCCAGCAGCUACAUGCCGAUCCGCGACGCCUGGAAAAGCAACCGCAGGACAUCCAAGGCCCGGGACUACGUCUUGGCCGUGUUCCCCGACAUUGACGGAUACCGCGUGCCGCUUAACGUGCGAAACCUGUCGUUCCACCAGCUGCUGGAGGACGCCUGCGAGCAGGUCCGGAUCAAAAGCGGUCGAGGCCGCGGUUCCGCGGGUAUCCUGCCGAAAAUACCAAGGAGCAUGAUGACGACCAUGGCCUCGGACUCCGACAAGCCGUGGAUACCGGAAAGCCCGGCCAGCAUAUCCGAAGCUUACGAUUCCAUCGUGCACGUGGGCAGUAGUACACGCCCAGCGGAGGAGCGCUCGACUGCUGAGGUUUCGACUUCCGGGGUGGACGCGCAGCCGAGCCGCCUUCGCAAAGCGGUGGUGCUCAGGCUGCUCGAGAUCCAUGACCUGGCGGCGUUGGAGGAUCUUGUGGAAGUCAGCGAGAGCGGCGUCGACCUCGUGCGACAUGUGGUCUUGUCGGCGCCUUCUGGCCCCUUCGUCGGGUCUGGUAGGGCAUUGCAAAGUGAAAAAGACUUACUACAUCGCUUCUUCGCCCAUCGGUUUGCAGAACCGGCGCUGAGGCAGUACGCGGCCAGAGGAUCUUCGGGCGGGUCACCGGCCGUUCUACAACGGCUCCGAUCUCACGGGGUCGUGGAUUCGAAGAGUUUGGAUUACACCGAGCAGGUUUUUGAGCAAGAGGCCAAGAAGUUUCUGGCUUGCUUGAUGUGCGGAACGACAAUCGCUUGUGCGACUGCGGUUUUAAAGCACUUGGACCUGGCCAUGGCCGUUGCCGAGGGCCCAUGUGGCGAGGAGAAGAUGUUGGCGCUGGUGAGCCGGACGGUUCUGGCGGCGGCCGAUCGAUAUGAGCUGGCUCUCGAGGGCGGUGGUUUUGAGGAUUUCCGGGGCCUUCAACUGCUCUCCACAGCUGGUAGCCCCGAAACGGCUAGCAUCGUGGUGGGCAGAACCAUGAUUCCGAAGAAGCCCUGCUAG